AUGGCAGCCAAAUCUAUGAUUCUGAUGACCUUGUGUGUGCUUGGCCUAAUAACUAUGGAGCAAGUACAGGCCUACCCUCGAGAGAUCAACCUCGCCCGGAGAGACAGCGAUCUCGACAGUCUCGCUAGCGAAUUCAAAUUCAAAGGCGGACGGAUGCGGUAAGCGAGAAAUAAUUGCACUGUGCUGAGCUCCAAAACACAUUCCCUCCGCGAAACAGAAAUUAUUUUAUCAGUUUGUCGGGAAAAUAGUGGCUUCGAAUCACCCAUUAUCGAUUUGUGACGGCUAGCUGCAGAUGGAAAUUUUGUGCGCGAAUGUACCCUUUUUCGACGAGGCGAAACAUUUUGCUGCGACGACCCCCACUAUUUUCCCGACAGACUGAUAAAACACGGUUUCUGAGUAUCAGUCGCAGAUACAGGAAAAAAAAUUUUGAUAUUUUUGUUUCAAAAUUUCCGGAGGCAUAUUGUACAUUUUUUGCCCAGUUCUGCCGUUAGCCUACCGUAAUUUAGAACAGCACGACCUUACAGCAAUAGGGUAUCAGUCAAAAAUUACUUAUCAGAAAUGAAUAAAAUAGGCUUUUUCUGAUACGGUUCAAUCGUAAUCUUGUAAAAUCGGUUCCGUCGCGGAGAUUCUCCGUUUUUGCAUAAGCGACAUGCACUUUCUCGCAACUUUGCCCCAAUUUUCUCGCGCGACAUCUGCGAUGAAUGCGUCGGGACUUUACGGCGCGACUAGUACUCGAUGCAGGGGUUUGCGAUGGUGCUGAUUUCGAAAAUUUUCUGAAAUUUUUUUCUCAAAUACUGUAAUAAGUUAUUUUUUUAAUUUUUUUAUAAAAAUAUCACCGAGUUGGAAAAAAAUAAAAAAAUACUAUUUUGUUGUUGUUUUUUGGAACUGUACUCAUUUACUUGACGCGACUUGACCUAUCAUUCAGACCAGCCAAGUUCCUGAAGAAAUUUGAUUGUCCGAGUUUUUUGAUAAUUUCACCUUUUGAAAAAGAGUUUUACACUUUGCGAAAAAUAAUUUUUCGCUUCAGAUUUGGAAAGCGUUCGAAGCCGGAGAAAGUGGUUUCGUUGACGGAAGACCCCAUGUAUUACACCGCCGACCGUUACAUGUGGCUACAGUAA